AUGGAGGGGAAAGGCAUUCCGGAAACUACACCCCAUGUGCUGACCCGAUACGAGUCGAUAGACUCGCAACGCCUGACCACCGAUGACAGCGCCGACAGCGACCUCCUGGAGUUGACACCCCUGGGCUCCGGGCAGGAGGUGGGCCGCAGCUGUAUCUACCUGUGCUUCAAAGGCAAACGCAUACUCUUGGACUGCGGUAUCCAUCCGGGUCUCCACGGUAUGGACGCCCUGCCAUUCGUGGACGUGGUAGACCCGGAACAGAUAGACCUGCUGUUGAUAUCGCACUUCCAUUUGGAUCAUUGCGGAGCACUUCCGUGGUUUCUGCAGAAGACCGCAUUCAAGGGCCGGUGUUUUAUGACACACGCCACCAAAGCUAUCUACCGCUGGAUUCUGGCCGACUAUAUCAAGGUCUCCAACAUAGCCACGGAUCAGAUGCUCUACACGGAAGCAGAUUUGGAGCAAUCGAUGGACAAAAUCGAGACAAUCGACUUCCACGAGGAGAAACAAGUCUCUGGUGUGAGGUUCUGGUGCUAUAACGCGGGUCACGUGUUGGGCGCCGCCAUGUUUAUGAUAGAGAUAGCGGGGGUUAAGGUGUUAUACACCGGAGACUUCUCCAGACAGGAGGACCGGCAUCUCAUGAGCGCUGAGAUACCGGCCAUUAGGCCCGAUGUGCUCAUCAUUGAGUCCACUUAUGGCACACAUAUUCACGAGAAACGGGAGGAACGGGAGGCGAGGUUCACUGGUAUAGUGUACGACACGGUCAGCCGCGGAGGUCGGUGUCUGAUCCCAGUGUUCGCGUUGGGUCGGGCGCAGGAACUCCUACUCAUUCUCGACGAGUACUGGUCGCAACAUCCGGAGCUGCACGACAUACCCAUCUACUACGCCUCCUCUCUGGCCAAGAAGUGUAUGUCUGUCUACCAGACCUACAUCUACGCCAUGAACAACCGGAUUAAGAAGCAGAUUGCAGUCAGCAAUCCGUUUGUCUUCAAACACAUCUCGAACCUCAAGUCCAUCGACCACUUCGAUGAUGUCGGCCCCUGUGUCAUACUGGCCAGCCCUGGGGUCAUGCAAAGCGGACUGUCCCGCGAGCUGUUCGAGUCGUGGUGUCCCGACUCCCGGAACUGUUGCAUAAUCGCCGGCUAUUGUCCGGAGGGAACGCUGGCUAAGCAAGUGUUGGCCGAACCCGAGGAGAUACAGGCGCUCUCGGGUCAGAGGAUCGCCCGGAAGUGCCAAAUAGAGUACAUUUCCUUCUCGGCCCACACGGACUACCAGCAGACCAGUGAGUUUGUGCGGGCCCUCCGACCCCCACACAUAAUCCUAGUCCACGGGGAGGCCAAUGAGAUGAAUAGAUUGAAGGCCGCCCUCCAGCGCGAGUACGAGGACUCGGUUAGUCCGCCAGUCCUUCAUAAUCCUAGGAAUACCGUUCCCGUGCGCCUACACUUCAGGGGCGAAAAGACCGCAAAAGUGAUGGGAAGUCUAGCUAUAGAUCCCCCAAAAGCGGGCCAUAAGUUGUCGGGAGUGUUGGUUAAGCGGAACUUUGCCUACCAUUUGCUGGCGCCGACAGAUUUGUCUAAAUACACGGAUAUGGCGAUGAGCACCAUUAGCCAAAAGCUGUCCGUCCACUUCGGGGGCACUUUCGAGGACCUGUGUAACUGUUUAUCGCAUUUUGAGUGCGAGAUUUCCGAUGGGAAGGUUAGGUCCGUGCGAGUUAUGCGCCAAAUAGUUGUGGCGUUGAAUACCGGUGCGAGACUCGUGACACUGGAGUGGGUGGCCAGUCCUGUGGCCGAUAUGUACGCCGACUCUAUUAUAGCUGUACUUCUCAAGAGUGAAUCCAAUGGAUACGCCGGUAGACCCGUGGAUGAGAAGCCGUUGAACUCAACCCUUUUGACGGACCUCUUGAGUGAUAUGUUUGCUGUGGAGGGGCUGACCACCGAUGGAGAGACUGUUAUGAAGUGUCGCAUCGAUGGCACGGAUGUUGAGAUCGAUUUGUGUAGAAAACAACUCUUGAAAUGUAGUGAUGAGACCAUUAGCUCAAUGAUCACUAAACUGCUCUCAUGUCCAGCGUCUUAA